GCCCUCAAUUGCCGCAAAACUGUGCUGCGUCGUGUUUCCUCGUGUUGCACGUUGCGCAGUGCUUGCUUCAACAUCAUUAACAGACAUGAGGAAGCGGUCAUGAUCACAUAGUCCGGGGACGCGCGGCAGCAUUUUAUUCACUCGUUUCAGUAUUUCGUCGCCGCUGACCAGCCUCGAGCCACUCGCUUCACAAUUCGUUUGCCGCGUCCAACUAGAGCCGCCAAAGCGUCCCGCAGUCCCAAAACGCCAACCCGCGCGCGAUGCCGCAUUCCACAUCACAUUCCGCGUUGCACUCGACCGGAUCCCACAUGCGGGCUGCAUCGCAGACUCGCUCGUCCGGCACAAAGUCCCAUGCCGAUUCGAACGGGGGACCGGGGCAGGGGGAAACCGAGAAGUUCCCCGACUUCGACGCCGGUUACGCCGUUGCCGCCAACGGGCAGUUCGCCGGCCAGCGCUGGCAGCCGAACGGCCAUGUCAAUGGCAAUACGACACCCUCAGCUGACCGCUGGCACGCCCGACGGGACAGCAGGGUGAGGUGGGCGCCAAGGGAGCCCGUCUCUGGUCCGCCGGGGGCGGCGUACGGGAGGAGAACCAGCCUCAGCAAUGCCAUGCACCGAAUGCGCUCGGUCAACAUGAGCCAGAACGCCCAAGAGAUCGCUGACGCGCUGCGUGCUCCCGUCUCGUGGAAGCUGAUUGUGCUCUGCAUCAUGUGGUACUGGUCGUCCGCCCUGACCAAUACCUCUUCCAAGACCAUCCUGACGGCCUUCGACAAGCCGGCGACUUUGACGCUCAUCCAGUUUGCACUCGUGUCGUUGUACUGCAUCUUGUUCUCCUGGCUGGCGUCGACCUUCCCGCAGCUGAGAACGGCCAUCCCGGCUUUGAAGUAUCCGAUCCGAUACCCAUCGCGAGACGUAAUCAAGACGACGCUGCCGCUGGCUGCCUUCCAGAUCGGCGGUCACCUCCUGAGCUCGAAUGCCACCUCCAAGAUUCCCGUCUCUCUCGUGCACACCAUCAAGGGCCUCUCGCCGCUCUUCACCGUGCUGGCGUACCGCUUCAUCUUCGACAUCCGCUACCCCAGAGCGACCUACUUCUCGCUCAUACCGCUCACGAUCGGCGUCAUGCUCGCCUGCUCCGGCAACCACACGUUCGGCGGCCAAUACCUCGGCAUCCUCUACGCCCUGCUCGCCACCGUCAUCUUCGUCACCCAGAAUAUAUUUUCCAAGCGGCUCUUCAACGAGGCGGCGCGCGCCGAGCAGGAGGGGGCCGGGGCCCACUCGCGCAAGCUGGACAAGCUCAACCUGCUCUGCUACUCGUCCGGCCUGGCCUUCCUCCUCACGGGGCCCAUUUGGCUGUGGUCCGAGGGCAUCGGCAUCCUGGGCGACUUCCUCUGGGACGGCAGCGUGGACCUGAACCAGAGCCCCAACUCGCUCGACCACGGGCCGCUGGUGCUCGAGUACGUGUUCAACGGCACGUUCCACUUCGCGCAGAACAUCCUCGCCUUCGUGCUGCUGUCCAUGGUCUCGCCCGUCACCUACUCGGUCGCCUCGCUGAUCAAGCGCGUCUUCGUCAUCAUCAUCGCCAUCCUCUGGUUCCGCAGCCCGACCACCCGCGUCCAGGCCGCCGGCAUCGCCCUCACCUUCCUGGGCCUCUACUUCUACGACCGCAGCAACGCCAAGAACAAGGCCGACCAGCGCGCCCGCUCCAUGACCGAGUCCCGCCGCGCCGACGCCCUCCUCCCGCUGAGCGCCAAGCACGCCAACCUCCUCCUCAAUUCAUCGGCGGCGGGGAAUCAGGGUGUGGCUGUUGCUUCGGGCGGCGGCCAGAACGGCGCGGUCGUGUUCGAGAGCCCCGUCGCUGUGUCUGCCGACGCAGCGGCGGCGGCGUUUGCAUCGGGCGGCGGCGUCGCGGCGGCCGAUAGUAAGAAAUCGGAUGAUGUGGGCGGCGGGCGCGGCCCCGGCGGGCGGAAUCGCGGGGCGAGCAAUGCCGGCUGGCUGCCGCCCGGGACGAGACAGGAAGAGACCUGGCGGGCGGGCGACGGGCAGGCGGUCGCGGUUGCGGCGAGGUGAGGGGACCAGACUGCCUGGGAAGAGCAUGGGAUGCGGGAAGAGUAUGGGAUGGAUGUGUGAUGUUUUUGCGAUGUCUGGACGAUUGCGCUAUGGGAUUUUCAGCGGGCCAUACAGGCGAUGUCCGGGUUUGGCAUCACGC